GCUUAGCUCUCUUCUUCCUCUCCCUCCCAUUCCCUUUCUUGUUCAGAACCAGAAAAACCCAGACACAAUGUUCAUGGCAACUCCGUUUUCCUAUUACCUCAGCCUUGUCUUUCUCAUCAUCACCAAAGGGGUAUCAGGAGCUACAUUCACCUUCGUAAACAAAUGUGAGUUCACCGUUUGGCCAGGAAUUCUAGCCAGCGCCGGUAGUCCCAACCUGGACAGCACCGGCUUUGAGCUUGCCAAGGGCGCCUCCCGCACCUUCCAAGCUCCAGCUGGUUGGUCGGGCCGUUUCUGGGCCCGAACCCGCUGCAGCUUUGAUGCAUCCGGCCUUGGCUCGUGUGCCACGGCCGAUUGCGGCUCAGGCCAACUAGAGUGUAACGGAGCAGGAGCGGCCCCACCCGCAACCCUAGCCGAGUUCACGCUCGGCUCGGGGUCGGGUGGAACGCAGGACUUUUAUGACGUUAGCCUGGUUGAUGGUUAUAACUUGCCAAUGAUCGUGGAAGGGAGUGGGGGAUCAGGUACGUGCGCCACCACCGGAUGUGCGACGGACCUCAACCGGAGUUGUCCGAAUGAGCUCAAGGUGGAGGAUGGCGACGCGUGUAAGAGCGCAUGCGACGCUUUUGGGACGCCGGAGUAUUGUUGUAACGGCGCGUAUGGUUCACCUGACACAUGCAAGCCGUCCAUAUACUCGCAGCUGUUUAAGUCGGCUUGUCCAAAGUCGUAUAGCUACGCUUAUGAUGAUGCCUCCAGUACGUUUACAUGUACGGGAGCUGAUUAUACGAUCACAUUUUGUGCAUCACUUCUUCCUAGUGUAAAAUCCGCAACAAAUGCUUCUCCGCAAGUACCUGAUGUGUCCGGGACAAGUUCGGAACCGGAAGGCGGCACUUCACUGCUAGCAGGUUUGGCAACCGGAGACUCAACUAAAACCCGUUCUUCAAUUGCUUUCCACACUAUUUUGAUUGUGGUCGUCUCCUUUGCUCUCUCAUUUUUCCGAUUGUAGUAGAGUAGUAGCCACUCAUGUACCAAUUGAUCCACUGAGUGGGAUAGUUGAGAGCUAGAGAAAGCGAAGCACCAACACCAGCAGCAACAGUUCAACAUCAUGCUGGUGAUUUGGGUAUUACCUAGUGGCUCUAGUAUUACUCAUGAGGAAAGUAGACAGAAUCUAGGAUUGGAAUUUUGUACACCACCCAUUUCUACAUCCUACAUACUUAAUUUGUUGUCACGUACAUACCUAUAUAUUUAUGUAUAAAAGCAUUUGUUCAGAAAUAAAAACUUGUUUUUCUUCC